AUGGGCACGGCCUCCUCCCUAGUCAGCCCCGGAGAGGUGAUCGAAGACGGAUACGGGGGAGAGGGCGGAGAGGCAUGCGAGAUCCCCGUGGAGGUGAAACCCAAAGCCCGGCUUCUGCGCAGCUCCUUCCGCCGGGGACCUCGGGUGAUCGGGGCCAGCUUCAAGUCGACGGGAUCAGUGGACCUCGAGUACGCCGCCGAGUACGAACGGCUUCGGAAGGAGUACGAGAUCUUUCGCGUGAGCAAGAAUAACGAGAUCACGUCCAUGCAGAAGAAGGAAGCCAAGCUGGACGAGGAGAAUAAAAGGCUGAGGGCUGAGCUACAGGCUUUGCAGAAGACCUACCAGAAGAUCCUGAGAGAGAAAGAGAGCGCCCUGGAGGCUAAGUACCAAGCUAUGGAGAGAGCCUCCACAUUUGAGCAUGAUAGGGAUAAAGUAAAAAGGCAGUUCAAGAUCUUUCGGGAGACGAAGGAGAAGGAAAUCCAGGACCUCCUUCGGGCCAAGAGAGACUUGGAAUCCAAAAUGCAACAACUGCAAGCUCAGGGCAUCCAGGUUUACUCUCCCAAUGAUUCUGAUUCAGAUGACAACCAAACAACUGUGACUGCUGCAGGAACCCAGUGUGAGUACUGGUCUGGGGGAGUGCUGGGAAGUGAGCCCUCGAUGGGUAGCAUGAUGCAGUUGCAGCAAACAUUCCGGGGUCCGGAGUUCGCUCACAGCCUCAUCGACGUGGAGGGUCCAUUCGCGAAUGUGAGCAGGGAUGACUGGGAUGCAGCGGUGGCCAGUCUCCUGCAGGUCUCACCUCACGUUCCUCAAGCCUUGUGGAGCAAUACAGUGCGCUGCUACUUCAUUUGCACACCAGAGACCAAGGCUGAGAUGGAUAUCUUUAGCAAGAAACACUCUCCAGUGCUGAGGAGGCUGUGUGAAGGCCUCGGACAUUUCUACCUGAAUGUCUGCUUCAAUGAAGAAGCCGCCGCCUCCUUUGUGUCGGUGCGCAAACAGGAAAUCGAAAGGAGCUCAGUUUGUGUGCUUCUUCUAAAAUCCACUGUCAACAGCUCUGUGGUGGAGGACUGCGAGGAGGCUUUUGUGAAGAAUCCAGAUGGACACCCGUUAGUGCUUUACCUCAGGACAGCAGCAGAUGGGAACUUCACCGGACCCACCAGGAAGCUUCUGGAAAGGGUCAACGCUGCUGACAAGGCUGCUAAAAUAAAGGUUUUAGAUCAUAGCGGUUCUGCUGAAGACGGGGCCAGCCUCAUUUCUGCUCAGCUGGAGAAAGUCAUCAAACAGGAGCUGCUUGGUUUCGAAGGUGCAGAUGCCGACCCAAAAGACUCCACGAUUGAAGAGGGUCGCGAGGAAGAUUCAGGCGACGUCCUGUGGGACCUUCACGACGAGCAAGAGCAGAUGGAAUCGUACCAACAAGCGUGUGGGAGCACCAGCUCCCAGCUUGGUUUCCAAAAGUACGUUGACCGGCUCAACGACAUGAUCGCUGCCCCUCCCCCGACGCCGCCUCUGCUGGUGUCAGGCGGUCCGGGCUCAGGGAAAUCCCUUCUCCUCGCCAAAUGGAUCGAGCUACAGCAGAAACAGUCCCCCAACAAUUUGUUCCUCUACCAUUUCGUCGGGCGACCUUUCUCCUCCAGUUCUGAGCCCGUCCUCAUUAUCAAACGCCUCACGGUUAAGCUUCUGCAACACUUUUGGUCAAUUUCCGGCUUGUCCAUGGAACCUAGCAAGACCCUGGAGGAGUUUCCGCGCUGGCUCGAGAGGCUCUCGGCGCGCCACCAGGGCAACAUCAUUAUCAUCAUAGACUCCAUUGACCAAAUACAGCAAGCAGAACGACAUAUGAAGUGGUUGAUCGACCCGCUGCCCGUCAACGUCAGAGUGGUGGUAUCUGUUAAUGUGGAGACGUGUCCUCAAGCGUGGCGGUUGUGGCCGACUCUUCACUUGGAUCCGCUGAGUCCCAGGGAGGUCAGGAGUGUGGUUACCGCUGAGUGCCUGAACAUGGACCUUCAACUCGUCAAAGAUCAGGAGAAGAAGCUGGAACGACACUGCCGAUCAGCAUCAACCUGCAACGCUUUGUAUGUCACGCUGCUUGCCAGGAUGAGCACCAGCAGAGGAUGGUCGUUUGAGAAGAAUUUGGAACAGUGCUUGCAAUGUCAGGACACCUUGUCUCUCUACCGCCUGGCUCUCAAAAUGACUCUGGACUCUUUUAGCUCGGACAGAGAGCGACACACAAUGAAAGAGAUACUAUGCCUGGUGUAUUCCAGCCACAAUGGAGUGAGUGAGUCAGAAAUUCUCGAUCUUUUCCCGGAGUUGGAAUUUCCAGUGCUGGCGUCGAUGCUCUUUGGUUUGAGCAGACUCUGCGUGCUCACCCUCCACUGCGGUCUCAUCAGAUUCCAACAUCUGCAGGCACGAGAAGCAGUCAGAUUAGAGUUUCUGAGCGGAGGACGCAGUUGUGCCACAUACAGAGAGAAACUGAUCCACUACUUCAGUCAGCAACUCAGUCAUGAUCUUGUAACGUGGCGUGUCGCCGAUGAGCUGCCCUGGUUGCUCCAGCAGCAGGAAGACCGGACCAAACUGCAGCUGAGCCUCUUGAACCUGUUUGUGUCUCAGAACUUGUACAAGAGGGGUCAUUUCUCCGAGCUGCUGGCUUACUGGCAAUAUGUGGGCAAAGACAAAAGCUCCAUGGCCACCGAGUAUUUCGACUCGUUGAAGCACUACGAGAAGAACUGUGAGAGCGAGGACAGCAUGACCAAAUUGGCCAACUUGUAUGAGACUUUGGGACGCUUCCUUAAAGAUCUGGGCUUGCCCAGUCAGGCCGUGGCUCCUCUUCAGAGAUCGCUGGAGAUCCGAGAGACCGCCCUGGACCCCGACCAUCCCAGCGUGGCGCGCUCCCUGCACCAGCUUGCCGCCGUGUACGUCCAGUGGAAGAAAUACGGAAAUGCCGAGCAGCUGUACAAGCAGGCGCUGGAGAUCAGCGAGAACGCCUAUGGGGCUGAGCACGGCAGCGUGGCGCGAGAGCUGGAGUCCCUCGCUGUGCUCUAUCAGAAACAAAACAAGUAUGAACAAGCGGAGAAACUCAGGAAGCGGUCCAUGAAGAUUAGGCAGAAAACAGCUCGCCAGAAGGGCCAUAUGUAUGGCUUCACACUAUUGCGUCGCCGAGCCCUCCAGCUUGAAGAGCUCACCCUCGGAACAGACUCCGCCGACUGCGCCCGGACCCUUAAUGAAUUGGGCGUGCUCUACUACCUCCAGAACAACUUGGACGCGGCCAAGGUGUUCCUAACACGCUCGUUGGAAAUGCGCCAGCGCGUCCUGGGCCCAGAGCACCCAGACUGCGCUCAAUCUCUCAACAACCUGGCGGCGCUACACACGGAGAGGCGGGACUACGAGGCGGCGGAGGAUAUGUAUGAAAGGGCGCUAGAUAUUCGCAAGAGGGCCCUCUCGCCGGACCACCCCUCGCUCGCUUAUACGCUCAAACACCUGGCCAUGCUCUACAAGCGCAGGGGGAAAUUGGAGAAGGCGGUGCCCUUGUAUGAGCUCUCACUGGACAUUAGGGAAAAGAGUUUUGGGCCCAAACAUCCCAGCGUCGCGACAGCGUUGGUCAAUCUGGCCGUCAUCUACUGCCAGCUGAAGAAACACAGCGAAGCGUUACCACUGUACAAGCGAGCGCUCAAAGUGUACGAAGACAGUCUGGGACGCUCUCAUCCUCGCGUUGGGGAGACGCUCAAGAACCUGGCGGUGCUGAGCUAUGAAGAAGGCGACUUCGAAACGGCGGCAGAGCUGUACAAACGCGCCAUGGAGAUCAAGGAGGCGGAGCCGUCACUGGCGUGCAGUAACGCACCUUCUCGCCACUCGUCUAGCGCCGACACGUUCAGCCUGAGAGGACCCGCCCCCCUCCCACAAGGUCCCAGUACUGGUCAGUCCAAUCCCACUUUCUUGAUUCGGACAACUUCCAAAAGCUAUGUUCUCAGGAAAAAGCCUCCUGGUGAGCUGCUACCCGGUGCCCACCAGGUGGACAGGGAAUAUCGCGUCCAGAAGGCCUUGUAUUCUGCUGGAUUCCCUGUUCCUGAGCCCCUCCUCCACUGCACUGAUGUCAGCAUCAUCGGAACAGAAUUCUACUUGAUGGAGCAUGUUGUGGGGCGCAUAUUUCGGGACCUUCGCUUGCCCGGAGUGAUCCCAGCAGAACGGACGGCUCUGUAUGUGGCAGCGGUGGAGGUUUUGGCCAAGCUGCAUUCACUGGACUUGGCAGCACUCAAGUUAGAUGGUUUUGGAAAAGGAGCAGGGUACUGUCGGAGACAGGUUUCCACGUGGACUAAGCAGUACAAUGCAUCAACUCACAGAGACAUCACUGCCAUGAAUGACCUUUCCGCAUGGUUGAUGAGCAAUUUGCCUGCCGACGAUCAUGAAGUCACGCUGGUCCACGGAGAUUUCCGAGUGGACAACUUAAUAUUCCAUCCAACUGAGGCUCGUGUGCUAGCAGUGUUGGACUGGGAGCUGUCUACCACCGGGGAACCUUUGGCAGAUCUGGCCUACUUCCUCUCUCCUCACUACUGGCCUAUCAGCCUCGAAGUACUGAGCUCGAUGGGUAGCUUGAGAGGCAUAGAAGGUAUUCCCACAAUGGACGACCUGAUCUCCAUUUACAGACGCUGCCGGCUGAUCCCGUCCGCUUUGCCACCUUUAAAUUUCUACUUGGCACUCUCCCUUUUCAAACUGGCAGGAAUCGCUCAGGGGGUCUAUGCACGCCACCUACUGGGCAACGCCAGUGCCUCCAAUGCCGCCGAGUUAGGCCAGUGCGUCGAACCCUUGGCUGUGCUCGCCCUGCAGCUCGUACAUAGGUUUGUUAUCACCAUAAUUUGACUGGAUCCUUAUUAAUUACGAUCUCACAUUACCCCCGAAGAAGCCGGGCUUUUUCUGCAAACGGCCAAGGGUCGGGCAGUGCUCCAACAGGUGAAGGACUUCAUGAGACAGCACGUGCUUCCCGCACAGAAGGGAGUCGAGGAGUACUAUAUCAAAAACGCUCAUUCCCCACUGAGGUGGAACACGCCCCAAAUAAUAGAAGACUUGAAGCUAAAAGCCAGAGAGGCCGGGCUAUGGAACCUCUUCCUGCCGGCAGCGAGCGGCCUCACUCAGCUAGACUACGCCUACAUCGCUGAAGAGACCGGACGUUGCUUUUAUGCUCCGGAGGUUUUUAACUGCCAGGCGCCGGACACGGGUAACAUGGAAGUGCUGCACAUGUUUGGCAGCGAAGAACAAAAGAAGACGUGGUUGGAGCCUCUGCUCAGAGGAGAGAUGCGAUCGUGCUUCUGCAUGACAGAACCCGACGUGUCCUCCAGCGACGCCACCAACAUGGCCUGCAGCCUCCGUCGAGAGGGAGAUCAAUUUGUCAUCAAUGGGAAGAAGUGGUGGAGCAGUGGUGCAGGGAAUCCUCGAUGCAAAGUGGCCAUUGUGAUGUGUAGGAGCGCCCCCAAGGGUGACGGAAGCAGACACGCCGGGCACAGUAUGAUACUGGUGCCGAUGGAUAUGGCAGGUGUGAAGUUAAUCAGGCCUCUCACUGUUUUUGGACAAGAUGACGCCAUCCACGGAGGCCAUUUUGAGAUUCAUUUUGAAAAUGUGCGCGUUCCAGUCACCAACAUCAUUCUUGGCGAGGGCCGAGGCUUUGAAAUAGCUCAAGGUCGUCUGGGACCCGGCCGGCUGCAUCACUGCAUGCGAGCCGUGGGCCUGGCCGAGCUGGCGCUGGAGCUGCUCUGCCGACGUGCCGCCUCCAGGCAAACUUUUGGCAAGAAGCUCUACCAACAUGAGGUGGUGGCUCAUUGGAUAGCGGAGUGCCGACUCAUGAUUGAGCAAACCCGCUUGCUGAUGCUCUGCGCGGCUCACGCGCUCGAUACGGUCGGCGCUCAUGCGGCUCGCAAACAGAUUGCGUUGAUCAAAGUGGCAGCAGGCAGGAUGGUAUGCAAAGUGGUAGACUGCGCCAUCCAAGUGUACGGAGGCGCCGGCGUUUCUGCUGAUUUUCCUCUGGCGCAAAUGUAUUCCCAUGCGAGAACUCUUCGUCUUGCUGAUGGACCAGAUGAGGUUCAUUUGUCCUCCAUUGCCCGUCUGGAACUGAGAGAUCAACUCGCCAAAGCUAAACUGUGA